UUCAUUCUCAAUACUUUCUUUCCCUCUUCUUGUUUCUCUUUUUCCUAUUUUCAUUUGCUGGCCACUGCCACUGUUGCUUGACUCUUUUCUAUUUGACACUAAUGCCCUACCCCAAAUGUCCCCUCUGCCUCUGGGGGCCUCUUUCUCAUCUCUUCCACUAGUUUCACUCUCCAACUACCUAUCCGACUCCAAACCAACAAAUUCUUUUACCACUUCCUCAAUACUCUGUUCUUCCAACCAACCUCACCAUUCCCCUGACUUAGCUUCAAAGAUAUACUUUGCUGCUUCCUGUGCACAACCAAACCACCUGUGAUUUAUGCAUAAAAUUGAACAAGAAGAAGAAGAAGAAGUAGACAGAAUAGUACUGGUGUUUUGAGUUUUGAGCAUAUGGGCUUUGGUAGAGUUCUCUGCUUUCUGAUAAUCUUCCUGUGUGGCACUUCCUCUGUUUCUACAGGUUUGGGUUUCUCGAGAAUCGCAACGACGACAAUACAUGAGCAGGCCAAUUUCAACUUUCGCGGCGGUCGGAAGGACAUCAUGGCUCCAAUCACCACAGUCCCGAGUACCAAUCCAGCUGUUCCAAUCCUUAACCCGGAUUCACAGCCGGAUUCCGCGGCCCCGGCCACCAUUGGUGGUCCGACGAUAACUCCGGCUGCUGGGGCGGCGACAACAGCUGCAGGCACGUCUCCGCCGGGAGCGAGCUGGUGCGUGGCGAGCCAGAGCGCGUCGUCGACGGCUCUGCAGGUGGCUCUGGAUUACGCGUGCGGGUACGGCGGCGCUGAUUGCUCCGGGAUCCAGCCGGCGGGGAGCUGCUACAAACCCAAUACGCUGAGGGACCAUGCUUCCUAUGCAUUCAACAGUUAUUACCAGAAGAAUCCUUUGCCCACCAGCUGUAAUUUUGGAGGCACCGCUGUUGUUACCAGCACCAAUCCAAGCACGGGGACAUGCCAACUUCCCUCAACUAGGUGAAGUUUACUUCCUCUGCCUUUUGCCCUUGUUCUCUCAUCUUUAUUUUCAUUUGUUCACUUAACGUUUGAAUUAUUACUACAGCACAAGCUCGUCAAUACUCAACACCACGAACUCAAAUGGUGCAACAAUUUUCGGUGCAACGCCUUCUGGUCCUUCUUCCCCGUUCUCAUCAUCAUCAUCAUCACCUGGUCCUUCUGCUCGCCUUGCUGUUUCAAACCAGCGUCUCAUCAUCGUUCUCUGUUCCAUGGCAACCCUUUUGAUCUGUAUUUUAGACCAACAGUUACAAUGUUUUAUUUGUAGCUCUGUGUUGAGUAACACACGAGGAAGCGUAAAGUGAAAAUUUCAUUAACGGACUUUCUCUUUCUUUUUAGUCUUUCCCGUAUUUAAUUAAUUUGGAUUUUUUUCCUGCCGGAUUGAAUUGCUCGAUUUUAAGAAAUCAAAGAGAUUAAAACCGGGGAUGAAC